AUGGCAACGGCACAGUUUUCUAUUCAACUAGCCUACCCAGCAGAGGGCCCCAUUCUCGCCAAAAUAACCAGGGACUCCUUUCUAAAUGAUCGCCACACUCAAAUGAAAGGACUCGGAAAGGACCCGUACAACCUCGAAAAGUCAAUGACAGCAUAUCUUUCCCAACAAGCAGUGUCGCCAAGAACUGUUCUUCUCAAAGCAGUAGACAACGAAACAGGCGACAUCGCCGGCUGGGUCUUGUGGGCCUUUCGGGGGUUCGCGGUUAAAGAAACCGCAGAGAUACGGGACGCUGUUCCACAUGCAGCAACACAAUUCACAUCGUCACCGGCACAAACCACGGACAAGACCACUCCCAAAGACCAAAUCAAGCAAGUAGACAUUGAUGAUAACGAUACAAUCAAGCAGCUCGAAAGAAUGACCGACGCAGACAUGAAAUCCUGGAUGACGAAGCUCAUGCCCGAUGGCACUAAAUGCAUGUAUGUCAGCUCUCUUUGUGUGGCACCCAAAUGGCAGUCCAGAGGAGUCGGAUCGAUGCUUUUGCAAUGGGGCACACAGACGGCAGACGCAGCGGGAGUUUUUAUAUGGGUGCAUUCAUCGGCGAGUGCAUGGGAGAUGUACGCAAAAUAUGGGUUCAAGGUUGUUGGGACACUUGAUGUGGACUUGGACCAGUAUGCUCCAGCGCCGGCACCAGAUAACGAUGGGAAAUGGGGUCAAUAUGUGUUUCGAUAUAUGAAGAGAGAGCCAUGUAAGGGAUGA